AUGACCCCACUGGUGUCUCCUCUGAGCCCGGAGGUUUUGAUGCUGAAGAAGAUGAUGAGUAAAGCCUCCUCCUCCUCAAAGUCUGAUGUAAAGAUCACCUCCGUUUCUGCCCCAAUUAUUCUGUCCUCCAGGUCUCCAUCUAACUGUGGAAACGGUCUUCAUGAUCAAGGCCUCGAGGCUCCACAGGUCUUCCUGGUGUCCAGCUAUGAGCUCCACGACUUUGAUUUCCAUGUGUUACAGGAGACAUUAGAGAGAGAGCUUCCCCAACACAAGAGGCAUGCUUUUGUGUGUGCUCUGCCCAAUAUCAGCAAGGAGAUCAUCAAGAAGAAGAAGGAUGCUUACCAAGCACAAAUCAAGUAUCAUGCUUUGUUAUCUUCUGGUGUAGCAGCUGCACUGGUCCCUGGAUUUUCUGUUGCUGUUGAUCUGGCCUUGGUGGCAGGUGUUGUCACGCAUUAUGUGUUCGGGUUUGGGCUUAAUGAGAAGUCACUAAAGAGGCUUUCUGUCUCCUCAGGUGUACCAUACUCUGAGCUUGUUUCUGUCAUGAUGUCGAAACUGGGAGCAACAACAAUCACCCCUCAACUCAUCCUGAAGCUGUUGGGCCAAAUUCCAAGAGUAUUAGCAUUAAUAGCUGCAGAGGAAGUAUCCAGAUUCUUUGUUGUCAUUGGGGCUCCAGUAUCAAUGAUCCUCUCUGGUGUUUCCACUUACAGAAUUCUGAAGUUUUUCCUUGACCUGGUUGCUGAUGAUGCCCAGAGAGUGUUUGAAAAGGCUGUUAGAAAAACCACUGAAGUGUGAUUCUGUAGCACAUCUCAAAGUGGUGUGCACUCAAGUUCCUUUGGGCAGAUUAAAUAGGAGUAAAAUAUAGGUGUUAUUGUAUUGCACUUUGAAAAUCAUGAUUAAUCACAUUAUUU